GACGGCUGGAUGGGCGCUGCGCUGCAGCAGCUAGAGGGGAGGCACCCAGCCAUGGCCGCGCUCCUUCACAUCCUCAUCACUGCUCUGUGCACAAUGUCCGCGGUUAUCACCACCACCCCCAUGAACUUUGCAGCUGGGAUGCUCUUCGGCAUCCUUCCUGGAGCCGCCAUCAUGAAUGUCGGAUGCGUCGUUGGGAGCAUGGCAAACUUCUUCAUCGGGCGAUACGUAGCAAGGGAAUGGGCCAGGAAGAGACUCCAGGAGUCCCCCACAUUGUCUGCGCUCGAGGCGGCGCUGCAGAAACGAGCUGUCUUCAUCAUCACCCUCGCGCGUCUGUCGCCCGUCUUCCCCUUUGCCAUGGUCGGGUAUGCUCUCGGCGCCUCUGCGGUGACUAUGCGAGACUUUGCGGUAGGAACUGCCGUUGGGCUCUUUCCGGGAUGCAUCCUGUACAGUUGGAUAGGAGUGAGCAUGAAGGAUAUGAGCAGCAAGGAGGGAGGAGGAGCCGGCUCGUGGAUCAGUAUCAUGAUCAGUGUUGCUUCCACUAUCGCCAUUUCGAUCUACGCCAAGAGAGUGUACGAUGACGCCGUCAAAGACUCGAGCAGGACUGCAGUGAACAAGCGAGUUUGACGUGAAGCGUCUGUGAGGAUGAGGUGAAAACCUCGUCGGGUCUCUUACGGUCUCUUGGUGCAGAUUCUCUGAUCCACAAGUUCCUCCGGCAGCCAUUUUAAAUUUUUCAUGCUAUCCUUGAGUUCGACUUCACUGU